UCCACUUACAACUAAAAUAGAUAAGAACAGAACAUACGAGGUAUACAAACACACAUUACACCUACAAGAUUGUCCUAUCUUACUAAUUUGUUCAAUACUUAUCUGUGUAUCAAUAGUUCAUCCACACACGAAAAAAGGAUGGCCCUCAUCAUGAAAAUCUCCGGCGUCGACGAUGGAGAAAAAGUGAAGCAACAAUUCAACCAUUUCAGCCAUCGCCACCCCUUGGAGCUCUCACAGCUGCACCAAGAGGACAAGGCUAUAUGCUCCGGUUGCGAGCUAGAUAUCCUCGGCUCAGCCUACGUUUGCACCAAGCCCAACUGCACAUUUCUCCUCCACGAUUUCUGCUUCGACCUCCCCCGACGAAUACGCCACUAUUCCCACCCUAAACACCCUUUAGGCCUCUCCUUCUCCCCGCCCUACAACGACGGGGAGUUCACGUGCGAUGCAUGUGGCCAUUCCGGGCAUGCGUUUACCUACCAUUGUGGGACGUGCAAGUUCGAUCUACACGUCGAGUGUGCUGCGUUGCCUGAGGUUGAGAACCGGCGAGACCACGAGCAUCCGUUGGUCUUGUCGUGUGGUUCUCCGGAGGGCUCUGCCGCAGAGUUUGUGUGUUAUGUUUGUAGUGGUUGUAUAGGGAAGGGGUGUUGGAUGUACUGUUGUUUGGCUUGUAAUUGUGGUGCACAUUUGGAGUGUGCAGGGAUUGCAUCACAAUGAAGGAAAAAGUGAUGAUUCUUCUGCUUCUGUGUGGGAUUUGUCUAUUUGUCUUUGCAUUUGUGGGGCUGUUUAUUGGUUUAAAGAAAUAACUCUAUUUGCUAA